CGGUUCGGGUGCAGCAUCUCGACUGUGACCGUGUCGCUCCAGCGUGAUGGGGUGUCACCGCAUUUUGUGUCGUGACGUUCGACAGUGCAGUGCAGCACCGCGGUAGACUGCGCAACGCAGCGUUCCGACCAAGAUCGGGCACAGUGUCAGUCCGAUCGAUACGGAGGACGGUUUGCAAUCGGCCAGAUCUGGAUCGAUUAAUUAGCACCUGUGCUAGCAAAAUCGUGUGAAAUGGCUAGCAGAGCGGUGAAUCAGCCAUCGGCGCUCGUUGGCGCUAAAGGCAACAGUGAACAAAGUGGAACCGUGCCGCUCAAGUUUAUCUACGUGCCCCAGAAGCUCGAAGUGUACGAGUACGAGACGGCCAUAUUUCAGUGCAUUAUAGAAGGAUAUCCUACGCCGGUAAUGUCCUGGCAGCGAAAUGGUACACCUCUAGCACCGUCACGCACCGUCACGAUCCAGAGCAAGGGUUCACUGUGUACGAUGAAGAUCCAAAACGUACAGGGGAAGGAUGCGGGCCAAUAUCAGCUGGUAAUCGAGAACGAGAGUGGCCGUGUGGAGCGUACCAUUGAGCUGCUAGUGUUGGAGAAAAUUCGCACCAUUAAUCGGGUGAAGCGUAACAGUCAGGGUGCGAUCAGCAGUAUGCGUAUCUAUCGUCACAUCAAUGACUAUUCACCUCUGGUCGGGGAGUAUAUCAUCCUGAAUGCGGAGUACUACGCACCGUCCAUACCUACAGUCCGAUGCUUUCACAAUGGACGAGAGCUCGAGGAUGGACGAAUAUUCCAUCGCAGCGUAAGCCAGCGGAACCUUUCGCUGGUGUUGGAAAAGGCAAAGGCGAGUGAUUCGGGCACGUACACGUGUGUGCUGGAAACGAUCGAUGGCUGCAUGAAGGUGAUGUCGGCCGAAAUUGACGUACAGGACCCGAAAUGGUCCGGUCAGAUAGACAAACAAGCAAGGAUUGUGAAUGAACUGCCGAAAGUGAUCACCAUUACUGAAGGAUCGGAAGUUGAGCUAAGUCUGGAACUGCAGUGUUCUGAGCUGGUGAAAUGUUCGUGGAAGAAAAAUGGAAGACCCGUCAAGGAUUCGACGGAUUUCGCGUACAUCGAUCACGGUAAUGGGAAGUUUGGGUUACGGCUGAGGGACCCAUUCCUGGACGAUGCGGGACUGUACGAGUGUGUUCUCGAGACGGCAAAGCAGCAACUCACCUCGAGCUGCUAUCUGGACGUGCUCGAGCUUGACCAGCAGCAGCCACCGAUGGACUGUGAUCAUCGGUUGCCGGUUCGCUUCGUGCGCUUCCCACUCGCACAGAUCGCACUCGAGGGAGAUAAUGUGGAGUUUUACGCGUGUGUACAUCCACCGGAUAUACGGCUGCGGUGGUUCGUCCGGGGCAUGGAAAUUACCAGCGGUACCAAAGGUUUUUCGAUGGAGUCACGCGAUGAUGGUGGAAACAUUUUGCGAAUAUUCAACAGUGCAUACCGGCAAAGUGGCGAGGUGAAGUGUUGCAUCCCAUCGACGGCCACCGGUCCCCAUGGGCAGCUGUGCGCGUACGCUGAUCUGUGCGUCCUGCCCAAGGCGUAUGUCGGUGCGCUCGAGCGGAAGGAAAUUGAACGGUACAGUGUGGCACAGAAGCUACGAUUUCUACACUGCCUGCAGGAUGAGGUGGUACUGCAGGGUGAUGACGUGAUCAUUGAAGCCUGCUACCAGGGUCAACCACCAUCGGAAUUGCGCUGGAAACGAUCGGGCCGAACCAUCAGCGAUAGCAACGUGACGACGAAUAAUCUACCGGGUCGCACCCGUCUCCUACUAACAAAUAUCGAACCGGCCCAGGGCGGUAGAUAUAGCAUUCAGCUUGACAAAGCCUGUCCAGAAACGGAACUGUCGAUGUGUUUGCGCGUCGAAUCACCACCGGAACCACCGGCCGGUAAACCAACGGCGGCCAUUGUCAGCCAAACUGCGCUAACCGUAUCCUGGAAUCCUGCCCCAUACGACGGAGGAAGUGCCAUAACUGGAUUUGUGAUCGAAAUGGAACAAAAUGGUGAAGAGGGUUGGAUUUGUGUGAAGCGUGUACCGAACUCGUUCUCGUGUUUAAUCGACAGUUUGCAGCAGGACGGUCGCUAUCGGUUUCGGAUACGGGCGGAAAAUGUACAUGGAACGAGCCAUCCAACACCUGCGAGCGAUCUGGUAACAUUAAGCGAAGACAAGCGAACUAAUGGAACGUCGGAACUGCGAACGAACCGUCCGACGGCCAGUCCGACCUCUAGUGGGGCCAGCUUCUGCAGCGAUGCCGGUAACGGGGAACCCGGUUACGGUGGUGACCAAGGUGGGGUGGAAAACGAUCAGCAUCCACAGUCGCCAGUGGCUACGGUGAAAAUUUCCGCUGGCGGACACUUUGACGAACAGUUUGAGGUAGUGAAGGAGGUGGGCAAGGGACGGUUUGGGGUGGUGUACAAGGUGAUUGCACGACAAGGCGAAACAGGUACCGUGCUGGCGGCGAAAAAGGUCAAGUGCAUACGCAUAAAGGACAAGGAACGGGUCUGGCAGGAGACGGCCAUUAUGGAAAGCCUGGAGCAUCCGAAGCUGCUCCGACUGUUCGCCACAUUCGAGCUGCCGAAGGAGAUCAUCAUGGUGGUGGAGUACAUUUCGGGCGGGGAACUAUUUGAACGUGUGGUGGCGGACGAUUUUACGCUCACCGAGAAGGAUUGCGUCAUAUUCGUGCGUCAGAUCUGCCAGGGUGUGGAGCACAUGCACAGCCGCCAGAUAGUGCAUCUCGAUCUGAAGCCGGAAAACAUUAUGUGCGCCACUAAAACGAGUCACGAGAUAAAAAUUAUCGACUUCGGUUUGGCACAGCGAUUGUGUGCCUCCAGCCCGACGAGAGUAUUGUUCGGGACUCCAGAAUUUAUCGCACCGGAGAUCAUCAACUACGAACCGAUCAGUGUACAGUCCGAUAUGUGGAGCAUCGGUGUCAUCUGUUACGUGCUGCUUUCCGGGCUGUCACCUUUUAUGGGUGAUAACGAUGUAGAUACGUUCAGCAACAUUACACGCGCCGAAUACGACUUUGACGAUGAAGCAUUCGAUUUGGUGUCGGACGGAGCGAAGGAGUUUAUAGCGGGACUGCUCCGUGGCCGCCAGGAGGAACGGCUAAGCGCCCAACAAUGUCUGCAGUCUGAAUGGCUUUCGCUCAAGAGCGGCGACAAUGUGGGUGUUAACCAGAUCCGGACGGAUAAGUUGAAGAAAUUCAUCAUCCGUAGAAAAUGGCAGAAAACAGGCAAUGCCAUACGGGCCCUCGGAAGGAUGGCAAACUUAUCCGCUUCCCGGCGUGUCUCGGUGGUGCCUCGUGAAACGAAUCCCGAGUAAUCUGGCAUCAGGAUGCGAUCUACAAAGCACACAGAACGGCGCACAUGACGUUGAAUGGACGUUUGUUGAUUGUUUCCAAUACCAAAAUGAAAGCAUCUGAUGUUAAACGUAAAUGUUUGUUAAUUGUUUCAACUAUGUUAUGUACUACGCAAACUACUACAUCAAUAAAGUAAUGAAAGCUAGUGUUAAUACGUGAAGAA